UCCUCGUCUCCCCCACCUUCCUCCUCUCUUCCCCCUCACACCUUCCGCCUCCACCCGAGGCUCCUGCCGGGACCCGAGAUCCCGGUGAGAGCACCUCGCACGCGCCUCUUCCCACCCGCGGCGGAUCCAGCCAGCCGCCCGAGCGCUCGCCGGAGUCGCCGCCCAGCUAAGGCAUCCCGGGCCGAGCCCCGGUUCGCCGCGCGUGGGUGCGGUGCCGACGGCGCGCCAGAUCUGCGAGAUCCGCACCGACACCCCCGCUCGCCUUCCCCGAGGUAUGCUUACGUGAGCCCGUGAUCCUCCUCGGACUCGGUCGCCGCGGCUACUCGGAGGCACCUCGUCGUCGGCGGCUCGGUCCUUCUGCGGUGGUCGUGGGAAGAUGCAGCGGAACGGGGUGGUGGAAUGCAGCGUGUGCCGCUCCCGGCUGGUGGUGCCGAGCCCGCGGAGCGUGUCCAGGGCGUACGACAAGCACCGCAGCAAGAUAUCGUCCAAGUUCCGCGCGCUCAACGUCCUUCUUGUCGUCGGGGACUGCAUCCUCGUCGGCCUUCAGCCCAUCCUAGUGUUCAUGUCAAAGGUCGAUGGGAAGUUUCAGUUCAGUCCCAUCAGUGUUAACUUUUUGACAGAGGUCACAAAAGUUGUUUUUGCUAUCGUGAUGCUAAUAAUUCAGUCUAGAAAGCAAAAGGUUGGUGAAAAACCACUUCUGGCACGUUCAACCUUCAUGCAGGCAGCCCGUAAUAAUGUACUCCUAGCAGUUCCCGCCCUUCUGUAUGCCAUCAACAAUUACCUAAAAUUUAUCAUGCAGUUGUACUUCAAUCCGUCAACUGUGAAAAUGCUGAGCAACCUAAAGGUGCUGGUCAUUGCUGUUCUUCUGAAAUUUAUAAUGAAGAGGAGAUUCUCUGUAAUUCAGUGGGAAGCUCUUGCUUUACUGCUUAUUGGAAUCAGCAUCAAUCAACUUCGCACUGUACCAGCGGGCAAUACCGCGUUUGGUCUUCCUGUCACUGCUAUUGCUUACAUGUACACACUGAUUUUUGUAACUGUUCCAUCACUGGCUUCUGUCUACAAUGAAUAUGCCUUGAAAAGCCAAUACGAUACUAGUAUAUAUCUUCAGAAUUUGUUUUUAUAUGGAUAUGGUGCAAUAUUCAACUUCCUUGGCAUUCUUGGGACUGCCUUAUUCCAAGGGCCAGAGAGCUUCAAUAUUCUCCGAGGACAUUCAAGGGCUACGAUGUUUCUCAUCUGUAAUAAUGCUGCGCAAGGCAUUCUUUCUUCAUUCUUCUUCAAGUAUGCAGACACAAUUUUGAAGAAGUAUUCGUCAACUGUUGCAACAAUUUUUACUGGUCUAGCUUCGGCUGCCUUUUUGGGGCAUACCCUGACCAUUAAUUUUCUACUGGGCAUAUCAGUUGUGUUUAUUUCAAUGCAUCAGUUCUUCUCUCCCCUCGCUAAAGUCAAAGAUGACAAAUCAGCCGAAUUGUUAGAGUUGGAAGAUACACAGAAUCAUCGGUCAUCUGAAUCUUCUUUUCUAAAUAUGACCGCUGGCGCUGCUGAAGAUGCUAGCCAUAGGAUUGGAACUGAUGAGAGGCAACCACUAUUGCCAACAUAAAAUAUUUUUUUGAGGUAGUGUAUUAGACGAUUCUUUUUGCCAUCCAACUUGGAGGCAACAGAUUUUAUAUAGCAUGGCGAGUGAAAUAAACUAUUGUACACUGUAAAGGCAAAGAAAGCAUUGAUGUAUUUUUGGAUAUCUGAAUGAAACAGAGGCAACUAUUCAUUUUAUUCUCUUUUGCGAUAGGACGGGGUUGUGAGCUGUGUGGCCUAACGAAUGUGGCACAACAUUUUUUGGAUAGGCAAUUCCACAUGAAUCCCCAGAUAUGAUACUAGGAAUCUUUUUCUUUCUCCUGGAUAUGUAUACUGAAAUGUAUCAACGUGAUGUUUUUUAUGGAACUUUUGGAUUACUACACUCGCGUUACUUAUUGAAAUCAGUUGGUUCUA